CUUGUAAAAAUAUAUCUUUGGCAACAACUAUCGUUUGUUUGGAUAAUCUAGUUUUUGUUUGGGAAUUUUGUAAAUACAUCGGCAAUUUUUGCCUGAUUGGUAUAUAUUAAAAAAUACUAUUAUAAAAGGGUGACUGUGACUUAAUGAACUUCGUUUUUCCAUGCUUUUAUUUUUUUAUAAGUGUUUAUUUUCUAAAUUAUUUAAGUAUUUAAUUUUUAUAGUAUUGUAUUUUCUUUGUAAAACUUAACUUAAUCUUAAACCAACCGUGUAAAAUUAUUUAUUAUCUGAAUACAUGUCAUCAAGUAACGAAAAACGAAACAAAAUGUAUAUAAUUCUAACGUUUUCAUUGCAUAAAAUAUUUAAUAAGAUCUAGAAAAUUUAUUAGCUACUCACUACAGACACUAUCUCGAAUAAGUUAUACGAUCAUAGAUUUUUUUUUUUUAAUAUGAUGAUAAAUGCUCAUGUUUGGUUCUUCCCGCUACCUUUAAAUAAUAAAACUAAAAUAUGAUCUUUACCUUAAAAGAUAAAACUACAAUAAAUCCUCGCAGGCAAUCAACAUUUUAAUGUUUUUCAAAUGGAAAAUGACUUAAGAUACUUUGAUGCUGGAACUCGUACUCGUAAUCGUCCAGUCAUGAGAUGUGAAACUGGGUAUGAUUAUUCACCACAUUCAUUCCAUUAUUCUCCUCACUCAUCAUCUACAGCUCCUUUGCAAAUUAGUGAUGAUAGAGUGCAAGAAUGGGAACUACCUCGUUCAUAUCAAGUUGGUUACAGAACUAUACAUCCAGAAUAUAUUCCACGUCAUCCUCUACCUUCACAGCCAUCGCAGACAUGCUAUCUGCCAAAUACUUCUACUGAAUGGCAUCGAGAAACUGCACAAAGAUCUCAAAAACAAACAAAAAAAGAAGACAUAUGCGUUUUAUUAAUGAAUAAAGUUGUGCUGUGUGUUGAAUGUGAAAAUCCAUCUCAAGCAACUGUACAAGAACUUAUGGAAUUGAUAUUACAAGAUGAUCAAGAUCUUUCUCUACCUACAAGUGCUAGAGAUGUAUUCUCCCUUUGGCUUGUUUCUCCUAUGCUUGAAUUACAGCUAACAAGUUUCCAAAGACCGUAUCACACACGACAACAAUGGAUGACCCUGCUUUUGAAGUAUACAUCUGCUACCACUAAACACCUUGAUAAAGAUGAACCAGAACUGUACUUGAAGAGAAAUGUGUUCUAUGAUAAGCAGGAUGAGAUGCGAAUCUGUGAUAUGAAAAUAUUGGAACUUCUUUAUGAAGAAGCUAAAUAUAAUGUACUUAAAGGACGUUACCCCUGUGAAAUUCAAGAUUGUGAUGUUUUGGCUGGUAUUCAAGCUCGCUUAGAACUUGGUCCUUUUAAUCCUCAAAUUCACACUGCGGAAUUUUUCAGAAGUAAGAUAAAUGAGUAUCUUCCUGAUUAUGCUUGCAAGAACCGUUGGGCUUUUCUUAAUGUCAGCGCUAAGCCCGGUCCAGAACACAGACUUUUGGAUAGAUAUAAAAGCAUAUCUGUUAACACUACCAGAUAUAAAUUAUUGCGAAAAUACAUGGAAUUUUGUUGGGCUUUACCUUAUUAUGGUUCAGCUUUCUUCCAUGGCCAAGUUGAAAAACCCACGAAAGGUUUAGCUCUUUUGCUUGAUCAUUUUGAUAAGAAGGUGUUGAUAGGUAUCAACCGAGAAGGUGUUCAUUUAAUAGAUGCUGCAGACCAUUGUCUACUCCUAAGUAUGAAAUUUCGAAAUUUGUCCUGGGAUUAUGCCUCUCUGAAACCUGAAAAUCCUGAUUGUUUACCUUGUCUUUUCAUUCAAUUUAAAAUUCCCAAUCAACGUGCAAGAGAUUCAAAACUCAUACAGAUAUUUUCACACCAGGCUAAUAUGAUGGAUAAAUUGAUUUCCAAGUUUGUUGAAGAGCUAAAACAGAGACCAUCUUGGUGUGAGGAUCAAGUUGAUAAUUUCAUUUCUAUCCCACAUGAAGAAGAUGAUGUUCUACCUAUUACUUCAAAGAGAUUUUCAUCUGAAGCUUAUCUUGAAGAGAGGUUAAAAAGAUUGUCACUGACCACUUUUAAUGAAUCAGGUAAACCUGUACAAGUGUCAAGAACAUGGUCACUCAAAAGAUGAACUUAUAUUUAAUGCUCAUUUUUCUACAUUCAACUCAUUUUCUUGAAAAAUCUUCAAUAUUUCUACUUGCACUUGAUCUAAAGAAUGGUUGUAAGUUUUAUGAAGUUUUUUAUGUUCUGUAUUAUAUUUCAGUGCUUGUUAAUAAACUGGUCAUGUUUUGUGUCAUCUUCAA